AUGUCCACUCUGGUAGCGGAUUUCCCGUUUGAAUUCACCUUCCCAACAUGCGAGCCAUCAACCCCCCCAAGCUUCUCCUAUGAUCCGUCCCUUCUUGAGAUCCCCUACAGCACAGGGGGACAUGCUCGGUCCAACUCCCAAGCCUCCAUCUACUCUUUUGAUUCGUCACCCUCGGACUCCUUCACAACAGACAAUGCCUGCAGCACUCGCAUGACCACCCCCGCGCGGUCACCAAUCCGCACCCAUGGACCCCUGCUUCUUCCCAAAAUCAGGUCCCAAGACUCGGCCAUCGGCUCCACCACUGCCGUUUCACCCCCGAAGCCGAAGCGUAUGAGGACAUCUCCUUCCCCCGCCGGCGUCCGCAAGAACUCAAAGGCUCGUCCCACGCACGCCAGGAGUUUCACCAACCCCGAGGCAAUCUCGUUCAACAGCGCCUCCAUGUUUGUCCAGCCUCAAUCCAUUAACAUGACUGUGCCACCCAUGACGACCAUGGCCGAGAACAUGUCUUCCUCCCAGCUCCUCUGCUCCCCUGUGUCCUUCAUCCAGCCCCGCGAGCUUACCGCAGAGCCUAUGCCAACCAGGCGGGCCUCGUCCUGUGGCUUUGAUGACAGUGUCUCUGCCGAGACCUUCAACUUCCCUGACUACCGCCAGAUGUCACCAUUCAUGGCAGCAGCCACCACAACGGCCGGUUCCAUGUCAUCGAUGCAGACACAGACCCUCAUGCCGCAGUCGGACAUGUUCUACCACCACCAGCAGACCUUUGCGCCCCGCGAAUCGUCCCCUCUCGCAUCUGCCGCAAUCAUUACGCCUGAUGCUGCUGCCCCGACCCUCGCAGUUGGACCAACAAGCACCUUGAUGUCAUAUCUGACUACUGCCAACCCUGCCCCGGCUCUGGUCCGCACCAUCUCUUUCCCGCUGAGAGAUCCUCACACCAAACACUUCUGGUGGGACGUCAGGCAGGUUCGCCCCUGGACUGCCUUCAAUGCCUCCAACAUCAUGUCUCUCCCAGGUGCCUCGACUCUCCUCUCCACUCCUGUCCCAGCGUCUCUCCUACCUUCGCUGCCCGUCAAUCAACGACACCCCGAGACCGAGGCCGCUCUGCACUCCAUCUACUCCAACUACUACCUGCCCAAGCUCAACGCUGCUCUUGCCCUCUCCAGCACACGCCCUCUGCAGCUGUCACACCCGUCCAAGAGCAACAUUGCGGCAGCAACCACUCCUUCGUCGUCGGCCUCAGACUUUAUGUUCGUCGCCAACGUUCGCGGGGAGGCGUCCUCAGCCGCCGCCAUCUUUGGCGGUAAGCCCACGGCCCGUGUGGUUGGCCUGGUCAAGAGCUAUGAUCGCUUCAACACCGGCAUGAGAGUCGAGGGCAACAUCAAGCGCGUCGAGUACCUCCGGGGCUUGGCGCACCUCCACCACGUCAUGCGCGAGCACGGUUGCCGCUACGGCUUCAUCCUUACCGAGAUCGAACUCGUCUUUGUCCGCAACGGCGCCGAGGGUACCCCGCACUUUGGCUAUCUGGAGGUCGGCAGCACGCAGCUGGCCAACCAGGGAGAGGGCAAUGGAAAUGAGGAAGAGACCCCCCUGACUGCCUGCCUGGCACUCUGGGGCCUUUGCAUGCUCGCCGGUGACGAGCCGCUGCCCGGCCAUGCACACUGGCGAAGCGAGAUCGGCGCGCCAGCCGAGGGCACGCGCCGCAAGGCACUCCCCCGCGACGAUUGGAUGCCACAGCCGCAGCUGGCUGAGAAGCGUGAGGCCAAGCGGGCUCGCGGUUGGGUCAUGCCCGAGGAUGCCAUUGGACGGAAGGAGCUCGGCAAGCGAGGCGUGCGGUAUAACAGCUGCUGA